AUUACCUUUAACCAAUAUUCAUAACCGUUAACCAUAUUGACAGGCAAAUGCUAACAGCAUAAUAAAUUUCUCCAUAGAUAUUCAUGUUGUUGCUUACUUUCAAGAUUGCCUCUCUCCCCAUUAUUGCACUCAAGGACUACAACCACCGGAACCUGCUUUUGUUUAUGGAGCUUGAUGUUCAGAAAUAACACCAAAUAUUUACUGUAAUACUCUUAAAAUAGAAGAAUUUAGUUUUGGAACUCAAGCUUUCACUUUUUUUUUAUACACAAAGUUCAAGGUAAGUAAGUUACUCUAACCUUCAAAUGAAGACAAGAUAUACGUCUCAAAAAUCUUCAUUGGUUACGAUCGAGACGCAACAAGUUUGUAUGUUUCUGCAUGUCUUUAAUACAAAGCAGAAAGAGGACAGUGGAAAAAAUGGCAGUUAAGAAACCUGAUUAAGGUAGUGUCGUAAAUCGAGAACGUGUUGAACAAAAUGACCCCUGUGAUCUCCAUCUCCCACAAGUUUUACCGCAAUAACUUCUUUCUCUCAUAUUUCCUCUCUGCAAUAUUUUUUUGUUUUUUGUUUUGUUUUCCUUUAUUUCCUUCUUCAAUGGCUUCUUCAAGGGAAUGGGCAAGCUACAUAUCCUCCAUUGCUUCUUUUAUGUAUUUCCUUCUUAUUAUCUUCCAAAUCCCUCUUUUCCGGGUUCCAUGUAGAUUUGGAAUGUGCAAAACACCUAUUGAGGUAACAUCCUCUCAGUUGAUUGCCAGUGAGCUCUUCCCAGCAUAUGCAGUUAAGGUCCUUCUGUAUCCAGGGGCUAUUGCCACUGCUAUUAUCAAGAACAGGCCUUUUCCUAGCUAUAGCAAAUUGCUGAAGUUAUAUAACAUCACCAGUUUGAGGAAAGCUCCUGCAGCAUCUGAUAUCCAGCGCCUAGAGAUUCUUGCUGGAAGCUACUUGUCUGUAGUAGGAGCUUUUAUAUGUCUCUUAAGGCAUGGAAGAAUGAGCCUCUUCGGGAUGAUGCUUAUAGCAUGGGGUUUUCUCAGAGAACUCAUUCUGGGACAAUUUUAUAGCAUGGUUCCGACAAAAGCUACUCAUCUGUACCCAACAAUGAUAGUUGCUAUGGUUUGUGCUUUUUUGUCAAUUAGAAGUGAUGUAAGAAAAUUAAUCCAUAGUUCCAAAGCGAGGCGAGCCAAAUUCUUCUGAAGGCAAAUGCAAGCUGCAUACGAGUUGAUGCUGCAAAAUUUGGGGGUAACAGUAGAAACCACUCGUGUAAAGCAAAAUAGCUAACAACUAGGCCCAUCAUUGGGUUCUUGGAAAGGAGAGACACAGCAGAAUUUUAAUGAAAUGGAGGUUAUUGUCGUUUUUUUUUUAAACUUCGGAAGAUAUAUUUUUGGAGCAGCUUUGAGAUUAGACUGGGAUUAGGGAUCUGGAUUACCUAGAAUUUACUGGAGUAAAUUUCAAUAUCUUGUAACUUUUAAUUAACUUCUUUCCUUUCUGUGUGAACUUAUGAGUUAAUGGGGUUUGGUCUCAGAUAUUUACAUGACUAUAACUGAUUGUUUAUUAAAGGAAAAAGAAAUCACUAUCUGCUUGUUCAUUGUUCAAUUAAUCUAACUUCCUCAACUUUUGUU